CAAUGGACAAAACCAGAUAUGAGAAUGUCAUUAAAGUUUGUGCUUUAGAUAUGGAUAUUAACGAUUUUAGCCAUGGUGAUCUAACCGAAAUAGGUCAGCGAGGGAUUAACAUGAGUGGAGGACAGAGGCAAAGGAUUCAACUAGCUCGAGCAGUUUACAAUGAUGCAGACAUCUAUCUCCUUGAUGACCCAUUCAGUGCAGUUGAUGCACACACUGCUACUAUUCUGUUCAAUAACUGUGUCAUGACUGCUCUAAGAGAGAAAACUGUCAUUCUAGUGACUCAUCAAGUGGAGUUUCUCUCAGAGGUUGAUCAAAUCCUGGUGAUGGAGGGUGGAAAAGUUACUCAAUCGGGUAGUUAUGAAGAUCUCCUGAUAGCUGGGACUGCCUUUGAGCAACUUGUGAGAGCCCAUAAAGCUGUAUUAACUGGAUUGGAUCAAAAAAAUGAAGAUAAUAGAGACUCUUAUAUGGAAGUUAUGGUACAUCCAAAAGAAUCUAAUAAUCAAAGUGAGGGGGUGAUUUCUACCAAGGGUCAACUUGGGGUUCAGCUUACACAAGAAGAAGAAAAAGAGAUUGGCAGUGUUGGGUGGAAGCCUUUCUGGGAUUAUAUUUCAUUUUCAGGGGGAUCAUUCUUGUUGUGUUUAGUCAUGUUAACGGAAUUUGCUUUUAUGGCUUUGCAGACUGCAUCAACCUACUGGCUAGCUCUAGCCAGUGAAAUUCCAAAAGUAACUAGUGGCUUUUUGAUUGGAGUUUACUCAUUAUUUUCAUUAGUUAGUAUGGUAUUUGUAUAUAUAAGGUCUGUCUUGGCUGCUAAUCUCGGACUAAAAGCUUCUAAAGCCUUCUUCUCAAGUUUCACUUCGGCUAUCUUCAAUGCUCCUAUGUUGUUCUUUGACUCAACCCCUGUAGGAAGGAUUUUAACCCGAGCUUCAUCAGACUUAAGUAUUUUGGACAUUGAUAUUGCCUAUACUCUCCCUUUAGUAGCAUUUGUUGCACUUGAAGUUCUGGUGACAAUAUUUGCGAUGGUUUCAGUCACAUGGCAAGUUCUUAUUGUUGCUGUUCCUGCUAUGGUGGCUACAAUAUAUAUUCAGGGAUAUUAUCAAGCCUCUGCAAGGGAAUUGAUGAGGAUCAAUGGAACCACAAAAGCUCCAGUCAUGAAUUUUUCCGCUGAGACAUCACUUGGGGUGGUCACUAUAAGAGCAUUAAACAUGGUCAACAGAUUUUUCAACAACUACCUAAAGCUUGUGGACAUGGAUGCAGCACUAUUCUUUCAUUCUAAUGCGGCCCUGGAAUGGUCAAUUUUAAGGAUAGAGGUACUUCAAAAUUUGACAGUCUUCACUGCAGCUUUAUUACUUGUUCUACUUCCCAAGGGAUAUGUACCUUCAGGUCUUGUGGGAUUGUCUCUUUCUUAUGCAUUCACAUUAAAAGAUAUCCAAGUAUUUUGGAGUCGAAUGUUUAGCAUUUUAUCAAACCAUAUCAUCUCUGUUGAAAGAAUCAAGCAAUUUAUUCACAUACCAGCAGAGCCUCCUGCCAUUUUGGAGGACAACAGACCUCCAUCUUCAUGGCCUUCCAAGGGUAGGAUUGAUCUUCAAGCCCUAGAGAUUAGAUAUCGUCCAAAUUCUCCAUUAGUUCUUAAGGGUAUAAAUUGUACAUUUAAAGAAGGGAAUAGAGUGGGAGUUGUAGGAAGGACUGGAAGUGGAAAAACUACACUUAUAAGUGCUUUGUUUCGUUUAGUUGAACCUUCAAGAGGGGAUAUUCUUAUAGAUGGGAUUAAUAUAUGCUCAAUGGGGUUAAAAGAUUUGAGAAUGAAACUCAGCAUCAUCCCUCAAGAACCAACUCUUUUCAAGGGCAGCAUUAGGACAAACUUGGACCCUCUAGGCUUUUAUGACGAUGAUGAAAUAUGGAAGGCUAUAGAGAAAUGUCAGCUGAAGGAAACAAUCAGCAAGCUACCAGGUCUCUUGGAUUCUUCAGUGAGUGACGAAGGUGGAAAUUGGAGCUUGGGACAGCGCCAACUGUUUUGUCUAGGAAGAGUACUACUUAAGAGGAACAGAAUACUUGUUCUAGAUGAAGCUACUGCAUCUAUCGACUCUGCAACAGAUGCCAUUCUGCAAAAAGUGAUUAGACAAGAAUUUGCAGAAUGCACAGUUAUAACUGUGGCUCACAGAGUUCCAACUGUAAUAGACAGUGAUAUGGUCAUGGUCCUGUCUUAUGGGAACCUAGUGGAAUAUGAUGAGCCUUCCAAACUUAUGGGAACCAAUUCUUGGUUCUCUAAGUUGGUCGCUGAAUAUUGGUCGAGCUGCAGGAAGAACUCCUCCCCAAAUAUUAGCUAGCAGCAACAUUGAACAUUAACACUUGGGUAAAGUUAGUACAAAUAAAUCCUAAGAAAAUUGAAUAAAUUGAAAUUUUAGAUGUGUGUGGAAUGUGAAUCCUCUUAUCCAAGGGAAGAUAUAAUCUAAAGAAAUGUUAAGUUAGGCAUCAUAUUAAAUGUAUGAACACUCAAUCGCAACUUGCAAGUGUACUCUGAGACAAAUGUAAUGUUAUUCCCUCAACUGUAUCAGUCCCUUGGCAAGAUAAGAAGCUUGAAUACUGGGAAAUUAGCCAUAAUUUCAAUAUGAAAAAGAUGGAAGUAAAUUA